AUGAGAAAUUUUGUUGUUAAUUACCAUUGUUUUGACAUCUCUAAUACAUUAGAGCAGCUGCCUGGGACCUCUUACGCCAUCCAACCACCAUGGCCUCCAAAGCCAUUUCUUCCUCCGCCAAGCCGCACACUUUCGAGGUCGUCGACCAAAUCCAAGAGCACUGGACAGCAAGUACAAGGAGUUCUUAACCUAAUUGACCUUGCUGGAAGUGAGGGACUAAUCAAAGAGCAGGGCAACAGGAGAGCGGCUAUAAACAAAAGCUUAUCUGCUUUGAGUGAUGUCAUAUUUGCAUUGGCAAAAAAAGAGGAUCACGUUCCUUUCAGAAACUCCAAGUUAACAUAUCUGCUCCAGCCAUGUUUAGGAGGGGACUCAAAGACUCUAAUGUUUGUGAACAUGUCACCUGAUCCAUCUUCUUCUACUGGAGAGUCCCUUUGCUCUCUUAGGUUUGCAGCUAGAGUGAAUGCAUGUGAGAUUGGCCAAUUUGAGAGACUUGGCUUCGCAACUGAUUGGGGGAUCUUUGUUCCUGUUGUGUUAAGCAUGAGAGUUGGAGAUAGAAUGUUGAGAUUAAUUGGAGGAUCUUUGAUCGGGUUGGUUUAA